AUGCAGGCUGACCUGUCUGGCUUUAACAUUGAUACUCCCCGUUGGGACCAGUGCACUUUCCUGGGGCGGGUGAAGCACUUCUUCAAUAUCACGGACCCCCGCACAGUCCUAGUGCCCGAGCGGGAGCUGGACUGGGCCAAGCUGAUGGUGGAGAAGAGCAGGAUGGGAACCAUGCCCCCAGGCACCCAAGUGGAGCAGCUGCUAUAUGCCAAGAAGCUGUACGACUCGGCCUUCCACCCUGACACUGGGGAGAAGAUGAACGUCAUUGGGCGGAUGUCUUUCCAGGUCCCUGGGGGCAUGAUCCUCACAGGCUUCAUGCUUCAGUUCUACAGGACGGUGCCGGCGGUGGUCUUCUGGCAGUGGGUGAACCAGUCCUUCAAUGCCUUAGUCAACUACACCAACAGGAAUGCGGCUUCCCCCACGUCAAUCAGGCAGAUGGCUCUUUCCUACUUUACAGCUACAACCACUGCCGUGGCCACUGCCGUGGGCAUGAACAUGUUGACAAAGAGAGCUCCGCCCCUGGUGGGCCGCUGGGUGCCCUUUGCUGCUGUGGCAGCAGCUAACUGUGUCAACAUUCCAAUGAUGCGACAACAGGAACUCAUCCAGGGCAUCUGCUUGAAGGACAGGAAUCACAAUGAGAUUGGUCACUCCCGGAGAGCUGCAGCCAUAGGCAUCACCCAAGUGGUUAUUUCUCGGAUCACCAUGGCAGCCCCUGGCAUGAUCUUACUGCCAGUCCUCAUGGAAAGACUGGAGAAGUUCCAUUUCAUGAAGAAAGUCAAGGUCCUGCAUGCCCCAUUGCAGGUCAUGCUGUGUGGGUGCUUCCUCAUCUUCAUGGUGCCGGUGGCAUGUGGGCUCUUCCCACAGAUAUGUGAAUUGCCAGUUUCCUUUCUGGAACCUGAGCUCCAAGACACCAUCAGGGCCAAGUAUGGAGAAAAUGUGCCUUAUGUCUACUUCAAUAAGGGUCUCUAA